ACACAUCACAGGCGGUUCCUCCCAUUUCUGGCAAGUAGACGGACUAAAGCCGGCUGCCUCCACACAUAAGCAUAUCUCUCCGGCGGAUGCGUUAAUGUUUUACUGACAGUUUAGUAAUAAAGAGCGUCUUUUUAAACGGGAGAGGAGAUGUCGACAAGACCGGGAUUCUACCGGCAAGAACUAAACAAGACUGUCUGGGAGGUGCCAGAACGAUACCAGAAUCUCACACCGGUUGGAUCGGGCGCAUAUGGCUCAGUAUGCUCAGCAUAUGAUGUGCGCCUUCGUCAGAAAGUGGCCGUCAAGAAGCUCUCCAGGCCUUUCCAGUCCCUCAUCCACAGCAGAAGAACGUACAGAGAACUGAGACUCCUCAAACACAUGAAACACGAGAAUGUUAUCGGACUGCUGGAUGUUUUCACUCCAGCAGCUUCUCUUGAAGAAUUCAAUGAGGUCUACCUUGUGACCAACCUGAUGGGAGCAGAUCUUAACAACAUUGUCAAAUUCCAGAGACUUUCAGAUGAACACGUACAAUUCCUCAUUUAUCAGCUUCUCCGGGGCCUUAAGUACAUCCAUUCAGCUGGGCUGAUACACAGAGACUUAAAGCCAAGCAAUGUAGCGGUGAAUGAAGAUUGUGAACUCAGGAUCCUGGAUUUUGGAUUAGCCAGGCAGACAGAUGAUGAGAUGACGGGUUACGUAGCGACCCGCUGGUACCGAGCACCUGAGAUCAUGCUCAACUGGAUGCAUUACAACCAGACAGUGGAUAUUUGGUCUGUUGGAUGCAUCAUGGGUGAACUUCUAAAGGGGAAGGUUUUGUUUCCUGGCAACGAUUAUAUAGAUCAGCUCAAGAGAAUCAUGGAGGUUGUAGGCACUCCCACGCCUGACGUUUUGAAGAAGAUAUCUUCCGAACAUGCUCAGAAGUACAUCCAAUCUCUUCCACACAUGCCUCAGCAGGACCUGGCGAAAAUAUUCAGAGGAGCAAAUCCACUGGCGGUUGAUCUAUUAAAAAAAAUGCUGGUAUUAGACUGCGACGGGAGGAUUUCAGCCAGUGAAGCUCUGUGCCAUCCGUACUUUUCCCAAUACCACGAUCCUGAUGAUGAACCAGAGGCACCUCCGUAUGACCAGACCCCUGAGAGCAAGGAUCGCACACUGGAGGAGUGGAAGGAGCUUGUGUUUGAGGAAGUAAGCAAUUUUAAAGAUCCUCCCAACAAACCUGAAAGUCUUCAGGUUGAACAAUAAAACUGGGCGUAACUACAAUCCAGGAAGAUGCCGACCCUCUCCACCGUCUGUCUUUCAAACAAAGUACAGGACUGACGGACAUACUUGAUGAACAGCUUGCAGUCUAACCAGAGACAAUGACUGUGUAUUUCCACGGCAUGACGCCCUUCCUGUAUGUGGGGGUGUGUUCACACACACUUAAUUAAGAGCAAAACACGACUGGUAUUGUUUGAACAUAGACACGAUGUAUUAAUAUUACAAGGUGCAUGUUGUGUGUGUAUGUGUGGAGAGUUGUGUGUUUUGAGUGUGUUUUAUAUUUGAUGUGAGGCAGGUGUCUAUAGGUGAAGCAGGGUAUGGUGUCUUUCAUAAGAGACCAAAACAAACUGAGCAGGAGGAGGAGUAAAAUAUGUUUACAAUGUUGGACAGAGUGGGAUGUGUGUCUUAAAAAGUUCAUAUAUGCAUCAAUGUACAAACAUCUCUGCAUAAAACAGAAUCAGUUACAUAAUCUGUCUUUACUCGUUUUGCAUCCGCAAGGCUAUCUGAAUAUAACAUACCUCAAAUGCAUCAUGUGUGUUUGCAUGGAAUCACUCCUCAGGUGAAAACAAAGUGAUCAUUAGUUGUUUAGUUACAGAAAAAAACAGACGGUGGUAGUACUAAUCCCAGCCACAAAUACUUUAAUGUCUUUUCUUAACAAAAGGUUGAAAUAAAGGUUAACUGUUAGUUUACACUGCACUACAACAGUGCUUGUUAAUUCAGUGCUGGACAAACAGUUAUUCUUUUCUCAGGUUAUUUAAAGAACAAGUAAGUGGUAUGAUGUCAUUUAUUGUAAUACAUAAGUUUCCACAUCCAUUUCUAUAGUUCAAGUCAGUUGUGAGUUGAUAAUAUCCACCUAUCACAAACCCUGUCAAGAAGAUGUCUGGGUCAUAAUUCACCCUAAAAUAAAUAAUAAUAAUAAUAAUUAAAAAAACAACAAUAAUAAAAUCAAUUGUAUCUUGCAUAAAUAAUAUAAAACUUUUAGGAUCAUUUUGAUUGUUUGCAUCCUGACAUUAUUUUCAUUACAAUUCAGCAAAUUUCUAUCAAUUUCCAUUAUGAAAAAAUGCAAACAAACAAAUAAAUGAAUAAGUGGGCGAGUAAGUGAGUAUUUAUAUUUUGCCAACUGCCUUUAAUUAAUACAAAUGUAAAAUAUAUAUACUAUUUUAGGAAUAUAAGAAAAUAAGAAUUUAUGAAAAUAAUGUCUUUGUCAAAGAAAAUAAUCUUGAAAUGACCCAAUCCUGAUUUUCUUUAUGUAAAAUAUAAUUCCCUUUUUGAUGUUGUUGUUGUUGUUGUUGUUGAGAAAGCAAUUUCAAUUUAGUCUGAAUGUUUCUUCUGUCUAGUGAAAUGAAUUACACAAUAUUUAAAGUGUAUUAGAGGAACAGCAGCAGAUGUUUACAAAAUGUUUUUUUUUUUUUUUUCAAAAAAGGAAGUUGCAUUUCCGGAAAUGUAACUAAGGUUAGUGUCACAAUAAUUUCUCAAUAUGUGUUUUGGAAGAUCCUGAAUGACUUUACAGAGUCUUUGAUGUCAUGAAACUAGUUAGCAACCCCUUAAGUUGAAUGGGGAAAAUAGGUGUGGUUUCUCACAUUUACAGUUUAUGUAAAUGAGCAUUAUCAACAACUGCCCUGCUUUCAGUACAGUACAGUGUUAAAAAUAUACUAACCACUUGUUACAAACCAAGUGUCACUUCUUUAAUUUUGUUCAAAGUGCCUUAGCACUUUG